CCAAAAAUUGCGCAUCCCAAAGGGAGUCGGCCCUUUGUUCAAUGUGGACGCGACGAGUCUGCCGAAGGCAGCCCGAGCGAAGGAGUACCCGGCGUGUCCAACAGGCGUCCUUCGAUGCGAAGACCGAAGGGUAACCCUGCGGACCGCCCGCAA